GAAUUCUUUACAGCUAUAAACAUGGAGAUUUUUUGGCAACUAUUGCCAAAAAUAUCAAAUGUGGUAAAACCACUGUGCAUGAUACUUUGAAACGAUAUGCUCAAACAGGAUCUACUAUGCCAAGAAAAUGUCCUGGUCCAAAAUCUAUAUUUAAUAAAUCUGCAUUAGAAGAACUUAGAAAAAUUGGACCCAUAGUUCCUAUUCGUAGUACUAUAAAUGGUGAAGUUUAUACUAAACUUAUAAGAAGACAUGCUAUUUUUGCUAUAUGUCAAUUAGUACCUAAUGGACAAG